AUGAUUCAAGACCUUCAGGAGAAGCACAUGUCGCUGAGUAUCCAGCGCAAUGGCAGCCGGCUCGCCGAGCUCAUGGUGGCGGAUACCCUCGUUGCUGCAGGCUCAGCAACGUUGGUUACACCAGCGGUGAUGAUCUUUGACAGACUCGUCGUCGAAAAGUCCUUCUACAACCAACCACUCUUUCCCGCAUUCCGCAGACAUCUCUGGUUCUCCAUCACCCAACCAGCCACAUUCUUAGUUUCGCGCCCUAGCCUGCUGGUCUGGGGCCUUUAUACUGCAACAUUCGCAACCGCCAACAUGUCCGAAACCCUCCUCAAUAAAGUCUAUCCCAAAAUCGACCAUGCCAUUGCCGGUAUGACCACAUUCGCAUCCACCUUCGUGGUCAACUCCUCCGUCGGCAUCUGGAAAGAUAUGGUUCGCUCCAUCGGCCGCACCAGAAUCCCCCUGGCCACAUACUCAGCUUUCCUUCUCCGAGAUGGCCUCACCAUCUUCGGCUCCUUCAGUCUCCCCGCAAUGGUCUCGGCUACUAUCCCGGACUCCAUUGCUUCGCAAGAAUAUCUCAAAAUCCUCAUCGCGCAACUUGCCAUCCCGGCCUCCAUCCAGCUUAUUAGCACCCCGAUCCACCUUUUCGGCCUGGACGUAUACAACCGACCGCAAGUGAUGCCUACAAAAGAGCGUGUCGCACGAAUCAGCCGCGACUGGAUCGGCGCCUCGCUACUUCGAAUGUGCCGCAUUAUCCCCGCGUUUGGAAUCGGGGGCUUCGUGAACACCGAAGGCCGGCUCUAUCUACAUGAACAGCUGGAUGAGCGUCGCGCCCCUUCAUGA